AUGGCAGAGUCACAAGUAGCGGGCGGGUCAAUUGGCCACGUCCUCGUUACCGGUGGCUGCGGCUUCCUAGGGCACCACAUCGUCCGCCUCCUCCGCCUCCGCGACCCCGAGAGUCGCAUCUCGGUGCUGGACCUGAACACGAACCGCAAUAUCCUCGCGGCCGAAGGGAUCAAGUAUUAUAACGGUGACAUCUCGUCGCGGGAGUCGAUUGAGGGCGUGUUUGCGAAGCUCGAAUAUGGGAAAGUCGACGUCGUCAUCCAUACCAUUUCCCCGCCUUUCCAUCUAGGGAAGGAGUUGCAAUGGUCGGUCAACGUCGAGGGGACGAAGAACCUGCUCGAGGUCGCGAAAGGGGCGGGCGUGAAGGCGUUCGUUUAUACCAGCUCGGCUAGUGUGAUCAUGGAUAAUAGCAUGGUCUUGGUGAAUGCCGAUGAGCGGUGGCCGAUCAUGGUUGACAACGAUCAACCAGAGUAUUACUCUACGACGAAGGUGAUACAAUUCCAGAUGGAAACGGCAUACGCCGAACAUGCCGUUCUCGAAGCGAAUCGCAACCCCGAAGGCUUCCUCACCGCCGCGAUCCGCCCCGCCGCAAUCUUUGGCGAAGGCGAUGUCCAGCUGAUCCCGCCGAUGAUGCACGCCUCGCGAGCCGGGCAAUCGAAGGUACAAAUCGGCGACAACACGAACCUCUUCGACUACACCUACGUCGGCAACGUAGCCCACGCGCACCUCCUCGCCGCCUCGGCGCUGCUCCGCACGCGCGCGAUGGCCACGGCGCCCCUGGACAACGAGAAAGUCGACGGGGAGGCCUUCUUCAUCACGAACGACCAGCCGGUCUACUUCUGGGACUUCCCGCGCAUGCUGUGGAAGGAGACCGGGGACGUGCGGACGGCGAAGGAGAUCUGGGUGCUUUCUUAUAGCAUGGCGUGGUUCAUCGGGCUACUGAUGGAGACGGUCAUGUGGAUCCUCGGGAAGACGCCGAAGUUGACGCGGCAGCAGGUGUUGAAGAGCACGAUGACGCGGUUCUUCAAUAUCGACAAGGCGAAGCGGAGGCUGAAGUACCGGCCGGUCGUGAGCCUGGACGACGGCAUUCGGCGGGCGGCGAAGUGGUGGUUGGAGCAGGAGGCUCUGGAGCAGCAGAAAAAGUCGCAAUAGGUGUAUGUGGUAUAUUGUCGCGAUUGGUUGCUCUUGAGCACGUUGGCAUUCUCGAAUCGCUGAGAAAUUCUCUGCCGUCCGCUAUGUAAUCCUCAUUUCCCACCUGAUCUACUGUCAACAACCAGCACCAUGGACAAAUCCUAUUAGUUGGAUCCUGUUCCUCCCAUACCCCCAUUGAUCGUGACGUUUGCACACCACACUGGUAUAGAACGCGAUAGCCCCCCUGCGCCGCCUCCAAGCUUUUUACUACCAUCCUAAUAGGUAUGGAAUAGUUCUUCUUUGGCUUUGCAAUAGAUGAAAGUGGUUCUCGCCAUCUUCGCGGUCAAACCAUCUCACAUUGCCCACCAUUCACCACCUAGUUCUGUGAAUAACCAGUUAAUUGCGGGAAACAUGAAGCUGUAGUGAAGUGUUGCAAUUAAUCUGUUGUUCUAUCACCUGGAC